AUGAGCUGGGAACAGGAGCAAGCGAGAUUGGCAGCUUUGUUGGAAGAAAUAAUAUCGGAUAACGAAGAUAAUGUUGCAGUGGAAAGUGAUGCCAGCUUGGAUGAGAAUUUUAUUCAAGAAUCUGAUCAUGAUUCUUUAUCAGAACAGGAUAUUUUAUCCGAGUCUGAAGUAGAAGAGGCUGAAACUAAGGAUCGACAACAAGAAUAUUACAUUGGAAAAGAUAAAGUAACUAAAUGGCACAGAGUCAAGGGUCGUACUGCAAUUAGAACCCGCGCUCACAAUAUAAUUACUGAAGCUCCCGGUCCCAAAGGUCACCUUGAUAGAAGAUCUUCACAACCAGGGUUACCGAAAGCACUCAAGAGGAUGUUGAAUGCUCCUGGAUCAAGCACCGAAGGAAUGUCGCCAACAAAAAAGCAGCGCUGUAUAGGGAUGUUGUAUCCAGAAAACGUAUCAAAGAUAUUACCCAACCAGACUAAAAAGCAAGCACACUCCGAAUUUUCUACUUUGAAGUCUGUUCCAGAACAUUAUUAUUAA